CAGGCAGCCGAGCCGAUGCAACUCUUCCCUCAGCUCUUCCUCUCUGCCAACUCGGAUUCAACAACACCAAUCCGACACUCGUACCUUGAUCUCACGCGUGUCUUCCGCCGUCGCGGCUCUCUUCUCCGGACCAAAACACCUUUCAUGUCAGUCAUUCACGUCUGGGGAUCAUCGUCAUCUGAUUUCUGGGCUACUGCUCAGUUCAUCCUUACUCUCUUGACGGUUGGUGUCGUUGGGCUGGUUGGCGGCGUGAUUUUCGCGGCGGGGGUGAAGUGGAGGAAGGCGAGACGGGGGAUUCUUGCGUACUGAGUGGGCGAGAGACGCGUGUUUGGUGGUACUUUUGUGAGGGUGUGUCCUGAGCUUUACGCGUCGAAGUGGAGAAGAAGGUAUCAAGCAAGAGAAGUCCCUGUCAAGAUGGCGGGAGGUUCUGUUAGUGAUGAUGAGGAGGUAUGGUAUCUAUCUUCCUUGUAGGUUGUAGGUUGAUGGUGCUGAUGGUGAAAAGGUUGGCAUUCUUGAUAUUGAUGAGAUUCAGGCUCAUGGUAUGUUUGUUCUGCUUCGGUAUGAUUGGAAGAGAUGUGGACUAUGAGACUGAUGGGCGUAGGUAUUGGAGCUACGGAUAUUGCGAAGUUGAAGGCUAAUAACAUUCAUACUGUUGCGGUAUGUCUUUUUUCACUUCUUCGUGGUCGUGUUCUAAUUUUACGCAGAGCUUGAUUUCAUGCACUACCAAACGUCUCCUGAAGAUCAAGGGCUUCUCUGACAUCAAGGUCGAGAAGAUCAAGGAGGCUGCUAAGAAGAUGUCGGUGGGUAGUUCUUUUAAUACUUGUUACUGGUCGCUGCUGAUUCAUUGUAGCCAGGUGCAAGUGGCUUCAUCACGGCUGCUGAAUUGGGUCAGGUUCGAAAGAAGUGUAUUCGCAUUUCUACUGGCAGCAAGCAGCUUGAUGCUUGUUUGAACGGGUAAUUUAUCCUCGAUGAUCCUACGGUCUUUUUCUGACUAGUCGCAGUGGUUUCCAGACUAUGAGUAUCAGCGAGGUCUACGGAGAGUUCAGUGAGUUGUAGCGUAGUUAUUCCUUUUGGUCACGGUUAACCAGGAAUAGGAUGUGGCAAAACCCAACUCGCACAUACCAUGGCAGUCAUUGCCCAACUCCCAAAGGCAAGUCUUGCAAACUCGCAUAGUCGCGUGUUGCUAAUAUAUUCUAGGAGAUGGGUGGUGCUGAAGGAAAGGUUGCUUAUAUUGGUUAGCCUAAUCUCCCCCCCUCUUUCUGCCACACCCUCGCUAAUCCUGUCGGCAGAUACAGAAGGCACCUUUCGACCAGAGAGAAUCAUGGAAAUUGCCGAGCGGUUUGGAGGUAAGCUCUCUCACCACUUUCCCCAAGAAGUUCUAGUGCUAACGAUAAUAGUUGAUCCUGAUCAAGCAUGCGAGAACAUUGCCUAUGCCAGAGCCCAAAAUAGUGAGGUAAGGUUGAAGUGCGACACAUUAGUGACCUGAGUAUAUCUAAUUUGACUCCGACAGAUGCAAACCGAGUUGCUCGAGGCCCUCGCAUCAAACUUCGCAACGAAUGAAUACCGUCUCCUUAUUAUCGAUAGUGUCAUGGCACUCUACCGAACGGAUUACUCAGGUCGUGGCGAGCUCUCUGAACGUCAACAAGUCCUUGGAUCUUUCCUUCGACGUGCCACUCAAAUGGCUGAAGAGUUCAAUCUUGCCGUCCUCAUGGUAUGCCACUUCUUUCUUCUACAUUCAUAUUGAUGAUGGGCUAACCCGGGGGUAUUAGACCAACCAAGUCAUGUCUGAUCCUGGUGCUUCCGCGCUCUUUGCGGGUGCUGAUGGAAGAAAGCCGGCUGGUGGGCAUAUUCUUGCGCAUGCUUCUACGACGCGUCUCCUUCUGAGAAAGGGAAGAGGUGAGGAGCGGGUUGCUAAGAUUGUUGAUUCGCCAGGUGGGUUAUAUCGCACCCUCCCCAACUAUCAUCUUUGGUUUUCAUUUACUAAAAUGCAAUUAUGUAGAUUGCCCCGAAAGAGAGGCUACGUAUAUCAUCACGACUGGUGGUAUCAAUGAUCCCGAGAAAGCGUAGUCUUGCUCUGGUGUUUGCUUUUCUCCCCUGACGGAUAAUGAUGGAUGAUGGUGAUGAUGAUGGAAUGGACGAUUAUGAUGGAUGAUAUAUUGCAUUUCUGAUUUGCUUGAAUAGAAGAACAUGAACUGGCGCUGGAAUAUGGAUGGAUGGAUGGACUGAUGGAU